CAAAUGCGGUUUUCUACAUUUCAGAAAGCCGUGUCUAUGGAGACACAGAUACUCCUGUUCUUGUUCUUGUUCUUGUUCUCAUCGUAUGCUAUCACAGCAAUCUCAGAAAGGUUUGAUCAAUCUUCUCCUUUUCCCAGCAACUUUCUCUUCGGCACUGCUUCUUCUUCAUACCAGUACGAAGGUGCUUACUUGAGUGAUGGCAAAGGGAUGAGCAUCUGGGAUGUCUUCACUCACACACCAGGUAGUACAGAUGAUGGAAGUACUGGUGAUGUUACGGUUGAUCAAUACCAUCGGUAUCUGGAGGAUAUAGAUCUAAUGGAAGAUCUCAAAGUCAACAGCUACCGGUUUUCAAUUUCAUGGACAAGAAUUCUACCAAAAGGUAGAUUUGCAGAAGUCAACUUGGCGGGUAUUAACUACUAUAAUAGACUUAUAGAUGCGUUGCUACUCAAAGGGAUCCAACCGUUUGUAACAUUGUUCCACUUUGACUUCCCUCAAGAACUUGAGGACAGAUAUGGAGGUUGGCUAAGUCCCCAAUCACAGGAAGAUUUUAAAGUCUUUGCGGACAUAUGUUUUAAAUCCUUUGGUGACAGAGUCAAGUAUUGGGUAACCUUUAAUGAGCCAAAUCUUCAAGUCCCACUUGGUUACCGUGGAGGUAAAUUCCCUCCAUGUCGUUGCUCUGGCAACUUUGGAGAUUGCAGAGAGGGAGAUUCGGAGAGGGAACCCUUUGUGGCAGGCCAUAAUAUUAUCCUAUCACACGCAGCUGCAGUUGAUAUUUAUAGAAACACAUACCAGACUGAGCAAGGAGGGAAAAUUGGCAUUGUCAUACACACUGACUGGUUUGAGCCGUACAGCAAUUCCACAGCAGAUAAAUUGGCUACUGAAAGAGCACAAUCAUUCAGCGUCAACUGGUUCUUGGAUCCAAUCAUAUUUGGUGAGUACCCAAAAGAGAUGGAGAUGAUUCUAGGAACUAUCUUACCCAAAUUUUCCAGUAAUGACAAAAUGAAACUGAAUAGAGGACUGGAUUUCAUUGGUAUCAAUCACUAUGCAAGUUACUAUGCCAAAGACUGCAUAUCAUCAGUGUGUGAAUCUGGGCCUGGAAUCACCACAACAGAGGGUUCAUAUCUACAAACUGCACAAAAAAAUGGUGUCCCAAUAGGAGAGCUUACUCCAUUUGAUUGGCUCAAUAUUUACCCACAAGGAAUAACGAAAACUGUUACCUAUUUGAAAGACAGAUACAAUAACACUCCAAUAUUCAUUACCGAGAAUGGAUAUGGCAAUUUAUAUGAUCCAAAUCACACCGAGGAAGAAUAUCUUAAUGAUUUUAAGAGAAUAAACUACCUGUCUGGACAUUUAGAUAACCUGAUGGCAGCAAUAAGGGAAGGAGCAGAUGUGAGAGGUUACUUUGCCUGGUCCUUGCUCGACAACUUUGAGUGGAGAUAUGGGUUUACAGUGAGAUUUGGACUUUACCGUGUUGAUAAUGCCACACUCAAGAGAACUCCAAAAUUAUCAGCAAGUUGGUACAAACAUUUCAUUGCAAAGCAUAAAACCGAUAGCAUUAUGCCCCAACAACAUGACAGGGAAAAAGAGAAACUGGAACAAACAAUUCAAGGCAAAUACCAAGCUUGGAACCACCUCAUUAACAUCAUUAAACAAUUCAAGGCCUUCUGAAACCAUCUCUUUAACAUCAUUAAUCAAUAAUCUGGGGAAUUCACAUGCAAUCAAGUAUUAGACACGUACGGAUAUCAUUUACACGGUUGAUUUUGCAUUCUUAUCUACAUUCUGUUCGGUGUAGUUUCUUUCUACCGAUCGAGUGGCACAGCUAACAUGCAAAUGUUAGCAGAUUAUACUCUGUCCACUUACGAUAAUUAUCAAGUGUAAUACUUUGUUAGAGAGUUGUGGGAUUUAGUAUUUCUGUAAUUGUUAGGAUAUUAAUAUUCUUAAAGUUUUUUUCGUCGCUUAUUCUUUUUGG